GCACAUAGUUUUUUUCUGUUGCAGUUAUCACAGUAUAUGUUCUUUAUUGAGUCGUUUUUGAAAAGAAUUGUAGAUUUCUUUUUUACUGUAAUGUAAAGUUUUCAAUUAAAAAUGGGUAGUAUGGACAGAGCUUGUAUAUCUGGCUUUCUUUGUCGACUUUGCUCUGAAAUGCAUCGUACAGUCAUUCAUAUAUAUGGUGAUCAGGGCAGAAAAUUAAGUUUGGUGGAAAAAAUCAACGGAUAUCUUCCUAUUACCAUUUCUCCUACGGAUCCUCUGCCUAAAACUAUCUGUGAAACAUGUUUAAAAAGAGUAGAACAACACUACGAUUUGCUAAUGCGUCUAACACGAAUAAAACAUGGUAGUUUUCUGAGAAUUAACAAGACUCAUCGGACCUUGCGUAACAUAGGGGACGUUUCAAGUACAGAUGCCUCUGAAGAUGAAAAUUAUGAACAGAAUAACACACGACAUGAGCGAACGUCAGUUACCGACUCACAAAUGCUACAAUUAUCUCCAAAUACGACGCAAGAGGUUACAGAGCAUAACCCCCUAUCAAUUGAAUAAUUAGGUUAUAUGUUAUUAAAAGUUAAUAAAAUUAAUUUUAAGCAUGGUCAAGAAAUGAAACGUUUGUGUUAAUUCGGAUGAAAGAUUAUUUAUAGUUAGGCUAAGCGUAUAACUUUAAUAUAUAUAGGUCCAUUCAGAAUUAUAAUAAUGUGCAAAAUUUUGAUAGUUUCAUAUUAAACAUAUCAAAUAAUGGAGAAAGAAAUAUAUAAUAUAUUAAAAUUUAUACCCCAUAAUGUGGAGAUACAAACAGGAAACUGGACUGGACCAUUUUAUGGUAUACUCAAAAUUACAUUAUGUUUGACAACUCGGCAUUGGCCGUCAACUAUUAAUUAUUGGUACAAAUGUUUAUAACUUAAAAAAUA